CUAUACUGAACUAGAAGAUUGACUUUAUGCUGUGCGUGCCUGUGUGCAUCAUGAGAUCAAUACUUUUAAUAAGUUUAUACUUUGUGUUUGUAAUACAAACAGCAGAUGGUGUAGUUCAACUAUCUGCCAACCCAGGUGUGAUAGACCUGGGUCUGACGUCAUUGACCGUUAGGUGUGACGUCAACCAGACCAGCCAGCAGAACAUGUCCGCCAUCUUGUCCAUCAUCGUAUCACGUGCUGCCAACAGUUCCAGUUCCUACACAGAGCUGGCCUCUGUGGUCACGUUUCUAGGUCAACGGGUCAAUGUCCUGUCGUCAGAAGGUCUCACCGCCAACGGUUCCAUUCAACCCACCGGUCACUCUUUUCUGGAACUACACUGGGACCAUCCAAGAGAUGUGCAGGCUGGACACUACUUGUGUACAGUGCAAGGUCCAGAUGCUAUCGGACAUAAUAUCGAUUGGAUUGCUGAAACUGACGUCACAACUAGACAUCCUGCCAACGACAAGCUCCUGGACAAGAUACAGCAACUAGAUCAGGACUUGAAGCUGUCCAAUGAAAAACUGGCACAUCUUACUCUCGACCUAUCCAACAUCAACCAGACAACACAAGAUUACAACACGGCCAGAGAUAGAUACAUGCAACAGUUGUUGUUUAGUCCAGGUUUCCGUCACAACAACUCCACCUUCGCAAUUUCCAGAAACGGCUACAUGGAUGUCGACGCUGCGGAGAAUGUGUGCAAGAUUUACGGAGGUUACAUUGUUGAGAUAGACGACGCUGAAGAAUACGCGGCAGUACUGGCGUACUUAAACACCACUAGCUAUGUGAACUCUGUCUAUAUCGGGAUCUACAGAGAUAUCCCACCAGGAGGAUAUAAACUAAGGCAAAGUGGAACAACUGCACCGUUUUUGAUGUUGUCUGAGGAUCAGCCGAGGAUUGGAACAGACUAUGCAUGUGUGUAUCUGUCAAGGAAAUUUAACUGGGAGAUGAUCACGUAUUAUUGCAUUAACUUUUAUCAGGUUUUGUGCGAGUUUCCGCGUGUCGUUUAAAUCGUGUUUAAAUAUUGUUUAAAUAUUGUUUAAAUAUUGUUUAAAUAGUGUUUAAAUAGUGUUUAAAUAUUGUUUAAAUAGUGUUUAAAUAUUGUUUAAAUAUGGUUAAAUAUUAUUACAUCUUGCACAAUUCAACCAAUAUAAAAAUCUUAAAAGUAUCGCUAAAAUUUUGACACUUCUACUUUUUAUUACGUAUCUAAUUUUCAUAUACAGAAGUUUUAAAAAAGAAAACACUACUAUAUACAUUGUCGGUUAAUAUAAAAACAA